AUGGACAGUAUCGGGGCGCAGGCUCAGGCGCACAGCGCGAUGUACUUCUGCUGGGGCUUUGGCUCCGCGCAUUCUCCACGCCGGGACGCAGCGCACGGAGCAAGGCUACUGCAGGCGGCUUCUGGAGAAAGCCACUCGCUGCUGCUGCUGAGCGAUGGGACUGUCCACUCCUGUGGGGAGAACCACAAGGGCCAGCUGGGGCAGAGAGGCGUGUCCCACCGAGACCGACCCGAACCUAUUCAAGCCCUUGAAACUCUGAAGGUUGACUUCUUGAGCUGUGGAAAGGAGCACUCCCUGGUAGUUUGUCACAAAGGAAGGGUCUUUGCCUGGGGAGCUGGAGCUGAAGGUCAGCUUGGCAUUGGAGAGUUUAAGGAAAUAAAUUUUACACCUAAGAAAGUAACCACUCUUACUGAUAAGAAAAUAAUACAAGUUUCCUGUGGACAUUACCACUCCCUGGCUUUAUCUCAAGAUGGUGAAGUUUUUUCAUGGGGAAAGAACAGUGAUGGUCAGCUGGGUCUGGGGAAGGGGUUCACCUCCCAAUCCAGACCACAGCGGGUGCAGUCCCUGGAGGGGAUCCCACUGAUGCAGGUGGCUGCAGGAGGGGCUCACAGCUUUGCCCUAUCUUUCUCUGGAUCUUCGUUUGGUUGGGGAAGCAAUAAUGCAGGACAGCUGGCUCUUAGUGGCAAGAAUGCCUUAGCUCUGCUCUACAGGCCUCAUUCAGUUGGUGCCCUGAAGACUCUAGGUGUGGUCCACAUCAGCUGCGGUUCUGAGCACACUGCUGUGCUUACUCAGGAUGGCAAAGUGUUCACAUUUGGAGACAAUCGCUCUGGACAGUUGGGGCACAGCCCCACUGCUGAGAAGAGUGGCCCACAACUUGUGGAAGGGAUUGAUGGCCUAGUUUCCCAGAUAGAUUGUGGAAGUCAUCACACCCUCGCAUAUGUCUACACCACUUGCAAGGUGGUAUCUUUUGGUCAUGGACCCAGUAACACAAGCAGCUCAGCUCAUGCAGAUGCCUUGACAAAGAACACUGUUGCUAACUGCCUGAUUUCGGCUAAAGACCUUGGGAAUGUUCACGUCAAGCACAUUUUUGCUGGAGCAUAUGCAGAUUUUGUGACAACUUAUCAGGACACUGAGUCCCCGAGUGUUUCCAGGAAAACUCUGCCAGAAAUAAGUCAAAUCAACCAGACCCUGGUUAAGAAAUGGACAGCUGUGAAAAAAGGAAGUUCCACACUGGAAAUGGCGAAGAGAGAAAUUAGAACUAUAUUUUCAUCUCCUGCUUGUCUGACUGCAAGUUUUUUAAAGAAAAGAGGAACUGGAGAGACCACUUCCAUUAAUGUGGACUUGGAGAUGGCAAGGGAUACCUUUAAGAAGUUAACAGAAGAGAAAUGGAUUUCCCCCCUGAUCACCACUUGUCUCGGGGAGAAUCUGUUUGCAAAACUUCCAUUACAUUCUAUACACCAGGAAGCUUUAGAAGUUUUCCUCCUGCUCCCAGAAUGCCCUGUAAUGCAGAAUCCAGGCAACUGGAAAAGCUUGGUGGUCCCAUUUGCAACAGCUGUUAGUGAAAUGGAGAACAAAUCGUUACAGAUCCUGAAGAAAUGUUGGGCAUCAUUACAUAAACAUUCUCUGGAAACACUGGUCCAGAUACUUAAAAAAGCUGUUGUCUCUCAACUGAUUUGUUGGACUGAAGACAAUCAGGAUAACUCUAACAUAAAAGCUGUUCUAGGAAUGGUGAAAGAAGUGUAUAAGGUCAACAAAGCUAAUCCAAGAUUGCCUGAAAAUGCUUUCCACAUAGAUGAACUUCCCGUUUUGCUCAACUUUCCUGCAGAGAGACACAGAGUAUUAUUUCAGAAUAGAAACAUGGUAUGUGACAAAAACUUGAGUCCAGUUCUUUUCAGUGACUUUCCAUUUGUCUUUAAUUUUCUCUCCAAAAUGAAAUUACUGCAAGCUGACUCGGAAAUUAAAAUGAAGGAGGCAAGAAUGGCAGCAUUCCUACAUUUUAAUCUAGUGGUAAUGCAAGGACAGCAUGCAUUACCUCCACAUCCCACAUGUAACCUUAGAGUCAAACGGAGUAACCUGGUUAAAGAUACUCUGCGCCAAUUAAGCCAAGUGGAAAAUGGUGACCUACGUAAAGAUUUAGUGAUUGAAUUUACUGACGAAAUUGUUUCUCAAGGUCAAGGAGUCAAGUCAGAGUUCUUCCACUUGGUCUUUCAAGAAAUGACUCGGCCAGAAUAUAAUAUGUUCAUGUAUACCACAGAGAGUUCCUAUAUAUGGUUUCCUGCUAAACCAAAAUUUAAGAAGGAGAAAUAUUUUCUUUUUGGGAUAUUAUGUGGCCUCUCUCUAUUCAAUUUAAAUGUUGUCAACCUUCCCUUCCCAUUGGCCUUGUUUAAGAAGCUUCUAGACCAAAAACCGACACUGGAAGAUUUAAAAGAAUUCAGACCUGAUUUGGAGAUGGGUUUGCAAGACGUUCUAAAUUAUAAAGCUGAUGACAUUAGAGAAGCAUUCUGCAUAACGUUUUCUAUAUCUUGGGACAAAAAUGUUGUUAAUUUGAUUCCAAAUGGAAGCGCUGUAUGUGUUGACCACACCAAUAAGAACGAUUUUGUUUCUAAGUAUGUUGAUUAUAUCUUCAACAUCUCAGUAAAAGAAGUCUAUGAGGAAUUUCAGAAAGGUUUUUAUACAGUCUGCGAAAGAGACAUAAUUAAGUGUUUCCAGCCUGAGGAAUUAAGGUCAGCAAUAAUUGGAAAUACUGAUUAUAACUGGGAAGAAUUUGAGAAGAAUUCAACCUAUGAAGAUGGGUUCUUCAAAUCACAUUCUACUAUUCUGAUGUUCUGGAAAGCUUUCCAUAAAUUAACUUUGGAUGACAAGAAAAAAUUCCUUAUUUUCCUUACAGGAACUGAUAGGCUGCAAGUAAAUGGUUUAAAGAGAAGUGGAAUAGUGUUUCGCUCUCCUAAUACGUUCACUGAAAAAGACAGCCUAAGAGCAUUGACAUGUUAUUAUAUCCUGGAUAUGCCCAAAUAUUCAAAAAUGAAAAGAAUGAGAGAAGCACUUCAAGAAGCCAUCGACAGCUGCAGAGGAUUUAAGUCUGUCUAA